AGAACAAGAACCAUCAUCAUCCACAUCAAUCAAUCAAUCUUUGAACAAAAAACAUGAAGUUCACAACCACCACCGCCCUCCUCCUCGCCACUGGCAUCACCACCAUCGCCGCCAUGCCGUGGUCUACCAAGAACUCGGCCAAGACUCCCUCUCACGUGUUUGAGGAAGACAUCACUCUCCGCAUCGAAGUGGUCCCCAAGACCAACAACAAGCACCGCCAGCAGUCUGCGAAGACAAAUGACUUUGCUAGAUUACUCAAGAACAGCGAUGACGAUGAGAAGCCCGAGAUUUGCUGGAGGGCGUGUUUUGGGGAGGAGCCGAAUUGUCCUGAGGGAUGGCACGCAAAGCAGUUCGGUGGUGAAUGCUGGACUUGCUGCAAGACUAUUGAGGAGGAUAGUCUUGACUUGUAAGAUUGUCUCCUCUCUGGGCUGGGGCGAGGGCAGGAAAUCUUGAUUGUCUGCUACCAUCUGCGAACCGGAUGAUAGUGCACUUGGGCGAUGGAUGCCGAAGUCUAUCUAGGUGGAGAGGUACCUAGUUAGGGUACUAGCCGAUAUGAAUCAUGAUGUGUUACGAAAGAGGUGAUACAAGAUGCCUUCGACACCUGAAUGAUUAUUUGUACGACCGUCUUCGGUACAUUGUCGUGAUUUGUGAGUUGAUUGGUCUGAACGACUUGAAUUAGUUAUUAUGAUGAAAAUUGGAGAAAAAAGAGUUGGAAAGUUUCCGUUA